CCAGCAUUCACUGCAGACAACCACGGGCACCAUAGUCCUCUGACCGCGGAUGUGAUUAACGCGAACGUAGGCGCUCUGUGCGAGCUGUGAGACCUUCCCCUACCAGUCCCUAGCUUUCACUUUACACGUUUCCACACCAUUUUCCCGAGAAAAAACAGCUUGUCAACCAGCUACUGGACCAUCAAAAUGGCGGCACCAAGUGCAGAAGAGGCUGUACUCUACGAGCAGCGCGGCAAAGUCGCCAUCAUCACACUCAACAUCGAGAAGAAGCUCAAUGCCAUGACUCAAGAUUACUACUUUCGCGUCUCUCAGCUUCUUCGACAGAUUGCCAAAGACGACAGUAUAUACAUCGCUGUUCUGACCGGCAAGGGCAGAUACUUCUCUGCGGGUGCGGAUGUCGGAAUCAGCAGGGCCGCUGUAGCGGGUCAAGACCCCUACAAGCAGUGGCUCGGCUCGUUCGUUGCGAACAACCUGAAUACCACCCAAGCCUUCUACACUUUCCCUAAGAUCCUCGUGGCCGCUCUGAAUGGACCCGCUGUUGGCCUCUCCGCGGCGUUGCUCGGUUUUGCGGACUUCGUUUACGCAGCUCCGCAUACCUUCCUGCUAACUCCGUUUGCAUCACUAGGUCUGGUGUCGGAAGGCCUAGCAUCACGUAGCUUCGUACAGAGGCUCGGCAUUGCGAAGGCGAACGAGGCGCUGAUCAUGAGCAAGAGGAUCACUUGUGAUGAGCUUGUGCAGACCGGCUUUGUCAACAAAGUGAUGGAUGUUAAGCCGGGCGAGAGCGACAAGUUUCUGGACAUGGUGCUGAAGGAGGUGCAGGACAGGAUGGGCGAUCACCUGGUCAGUGACAGCAUGACGAAGAUCAAGGCCCUUAUCCGUCGGCCAGACAGAGAGGCGCUGGAUGCACAGGGUGUGCACGAGGUGUUCGGCGGGCUUGAGCGCUUUUUGUCGGGCGUGCCGCAAGAGCAGUUCAGGCAGAUUGCGAGUGGCGAGAAGAAGCAUAAGCUGUAGGUUUGAGAAAUGCAAUGGAAGUUCAUACCAAUGGCAAGCUUGCCUGUCUGUUGGCAGGAGUAUGAAUUCCUGCCUCAAUCGCGCACCUUUUUCACAUCGUCAUGCGGUUUUCACAAAAGCUGAUGACGGGUCUGGGUCUCUUUCAUGCUUCUAUCAUUGCAACACCUGCAACGCUA